CACACAAGCACCCCUCCGGUUCCACACAGCCUCCCGUCCGUUCGUGUUGUUUUUUAAACCUUUCAUUCAUUAAAGAGUCCCACACACUGAUAAGCACGAGACGCCACUUUAAUUAUUAAAAUGAUCAAAACCCGCAGAGCGUCUUUGAAGGCAAAACAGCUGGACGUAACAGAUCUGUCAGAGGACAGCAGAGACCGCAUCCAAUUAAAGGGAUCCUGGAAGCCUCUUGCAAAACUUUUUGCAGACUUGAGUUCUUUGCCUGAACUGCCUUCUAAAACGACACCUACGAAGAAAAAGAAGCAGUCCACCUCGAAACGGCGGUUUUCAGAGGUUCAGGUCGAGAGACGGAACCCGGGCCGAAAGGCGAGACCCCCGGAGCAUUUCGGGAUAGAGGUGGAGGAAAAACCGGCUCCUCAGAAGAGAGAGAGCGGACCGAUCGACAUCAAGCGCCUGAUGGAGGUGAAGGAGGGUCUGGGAGACGCUCGGCCCAAGCAGAGGAAGCGUCGCUCGCGGGAGUCCAUACGAAUGCCGGAGGACAUCACCGAAGAAGAGCUGCAGAACAUCGCUGACCGCGCUAAAGACAAAAUCCUGGAUAAAGAGAACGGCAGCACGUGUCACCAGUGCCGGCAGAAGACCCUCGACACCAAGACUGAGUGCAGGGGCCUCUACUGCGGCGGGGUCAAAGGUCAGUUCUGCGGCCCCUGUUUACGCAACCGCUACGGAGAAGACGUCCGCGCCGCGCUGCUGGAUCCUGCGUGGGAGUGUCCCAUCUGUCGAGGAGUGUGUAACUGCAGUCUGUGCCGCAAGCGGGAUGGACGCUGUGCCACCGGCGCUCUCACCAGACUCGCCAAAUUCUACGGACACGACAACGUCCGGGACUAUCUGGAGAGGUGCAUCACUACACACUCAGCAAGCUUUACUAAAUAUGUCCUGCCCUGAGAUUUGACGAUAAUAUUUCAGUUUUCG